GACUCCGGAAACCAGAUCUAUGAUGUGACCUGGAACGAGACUUGCGCCAAGGAAGAAGAUGGUUGCCCCUGCGAUCCGAAGUGGGAGAAGCAGUGCACGAGCAACGGCUACAAGUACUGCGUGUACCACACGAACAGCUGCCCAGUGGACUGCGGAGAUAAGCAGAGCUGCUACCACUACAUGUCAGGCAACGAAAGCUGUGCCACGGAUUCGGGCUGCGUCUGUGAGGCGGACGAGAUCAGCUGCGCCAACCCG